GGGCACUAUUCUGUAUAACGAUCGAUCAAAUGGCGCCGAAAGCGACAUCCAGUCCCGAUUCUCCAGCCGGGGACUACGACGACGUGACUCCCUCAGAAGCCCUAAGUCCCGACCCCCAAAACGAGAACGAUUUCCUCGUCGAGGACAACAAGUUCGCGUUCUCGCCCGGCCAGCUCAACAAGCUGAUGAGUCCGAAGUCGCUGGCUGCUUUUCGCGCUCUAGGGGGCCUGCAGGGGCUGGCGCGCGGGUUGCAGACGGACCUUUCAGCGGGGUUAUCGGUCGACGAGGAUCGUCUUCUGACGUGUGUGGGGUUUGAAGAUGCGCAGGCCUCUGCGCUCGACAAGCUGGAUAGUCGGAUGCCGCUUGUGUCGCCUGGUUUGGGGACGCCAGAUGGGGGGAACGAUAUGGCACUGGAGAGGUUCUCGGAUAGGAGGCGCGUGUUCGGGCGCAAUGAGCAGAUGGCGCCGAGGCCGCUGGGAGUGUGGAGGCUUUUGUGGAAUGCGUAUAAUGAUAAAAUUAUUAUCUUGUUGACUGUUGCUGCGGUGGUGUCGCUGUCGUUGGGGAUCUAUGAGGCUGCUAGUGGGCAGUCUAAGGUCGACUGGGUUGAGGGGGUCGCGGUAUGUGUGGCGAUUUUGAUCGUCGUUUCAGCUACGGCUGGGAAUGAUUGGCAGAAGGAGAGGCAGUUUACGAAGUUGAAUAGACGGAAAUUGGACCGGGACGUGAAGAUCGUUCGCUCUGGAAAGUCCAUGAUGGCUCAUAUUGCCGAUAUCAAUGUGGGGGACGUCGUGCUUAUCGAGCCAGGCGACUCUCCUCCAGCUGAUGGGGUUCUGAUAUCAUGCCACGGUAUCAGAUGCGAUGAGUCCUCCGCCACGGGGGAGUCGGAUCAUAUAGACAAGAUGAGCGGAGACGUGGUAUGGGAUCAUAUUAUGGAUGGGACAGCGACAAGAGAGAUGGAUCCGUUCAUUCUCUCUGGCACCAAGGUGCUGGAGGGUCUCGGUUCAUACCUCGUUACCAACGUUGGAAAGCAUUCAACUCACGGGAGAAUCAUGGCCUCCUUGCAGAUCGAGGACGAUCCAACGCCCCUGCAGGUGAAACUAGGUCGAUUGGCGAGCUGGAUAGGAUGGCUUGGAUCAGGCGCCGCGAUACUGCUUUUUCUUGUCCUUCUUAUUCGGUUCCUGCUCCAGCUAUCAAAUAAUGACGCCUCGCCCAGCGUCAAGGGCCAGGAGUUCAUGGAUAUACUCAUUGUUGCCGUCACAGUCAUUGUCGUGGCUAUUCCCGAAGGACUACCCCUGGCAGUCACCCUUGCACUAGCCUUCGCCACGACGCGAAUGUUGAAGGAAAACAACCUAGUGCGGGUGCUUCGUGCGUGCGAGACCAUGGGAAACGCCACCGUGAUAUGCUCCGACAAGACGGGCACACUCACGCAGAAUAAAAUGACAGUUGUCGCGGGAAUUUUCGGCUCCAAAGAGCAAUUCAACCACCUGUUGUCGGCAUCUGACCCGCAAGUACCAUCCACCACCGCUUCGGGCGUUGUCGAGAGACUCCCGCCCACCGUGACGAGUUUGCUGGCGCAUAGCCUGGCCCUGAACUCUACUGCGUUCGAGGAAGAGCAGAGCGGUGGCAGGGAGUUUGUCGGCAGCAAAACAGAGGUGGCUCUGCUGCACUUCGCGCGGGAUUUCCUCUCCCUGCAUGACUUGGCUGAGGAGCGCGCAAAUGCCCAUAUCGAGCUGGUCUUUCCUUUUGAGUCUACCCGGAAGGUUAUGGGCGUUGUGUAUCGGCCUGCACCUGGCCAUUAUCGACUUCUUGUCAAGGGGGCAUGUGAGGUUCUUCUGGAUGCCUCGACAGACGUAAUUUCUUCGGACCUGGUGUCCGAGAAGGAUGCCAUCAUGGCUUGCCGACUGGAUGAGAACACCCGCAACGGUAUCAUGGAUGUCAUUUCGGCGCACGCAGGGAGCUCUCUCCGCAUGAUCGGAGUGGCCUAUCGCGAUCUCCCGUGUAGUUGCCUUAAAGCGACCGAUCGCCAGAGAGGCACUCCAGAUCUCAAAGAUUUCAUUGAGGAACUGACCUGGGUGGGGGCAUUGGGGAUCCACGAUCCACUGCGCCCCGAGGUGCCAGACGCAAUCAAAACCUGCAACGCCGCUGGAAUCCAGGUCAAAAUGGUCACAGGCGACAACCUCAACACCGCAGCAGCCAUCGCCACCGCCUGUGGCAUUCUCACAGAUACUGGAAUCGUCAUGGAAGGGCCGGCAUUUCGAAAGCUCAGCGAGGAUGAAGUCGACGCCGUCGUUCCUCGUUUACAGGUCCUGGCGCGCUCAUCCCCGGACGACAAGCGUAUUUUGGUCACCCACCUCAAGCGUCUUGGUGAAACUGUUGCGGUGACCGGGGAUGGUACCAACGACGGGCCAGCUUUGAAAUCUGCAGACGUGGGAUUCGCCAUGGGAAUGAGUGGGACGGAAGUUGCUCGUGAGGCCAGCUCGAUCAUCCUGCUAGAUGAUAACUUCAAGUCGAUUGUCACUGCUGUUUCGUGGGGUCGAGCUGUGAACGAUGCCGUCUCUAAGUUUCUCCAGUUCCAAAUCACAGUCAACAUCACGGCGGUGCUACUCACCUUUAUUACAGCAAUCUACAGCAAGUCGAACAAAAGCGUCCUCAAAGCUGUGCAGCUGCUCUGGGUGAAUCUCAUCAUGGACACCUUCGCGGCCCUGGCUCUUGCAACAGACGCCCCGACAGAAAAGAUCCUCCACCGGCCACCCGUCCCCAAACACGCCCCCUUAUUCUCCGUAAUCAUGUGGAAAAUGAUCAUCGGCCAGUCGAUCUACAAACUCACCGUCUGCUUCACCCUCUACUUCGCCGGCGAUCGAAUCCUCUCCUAUGACACGAACGACCCGCACAAGCAACAGCAGCUCGACACCAUCAUCUUCAACACCUUCGUGUGGAUGCAGAUCUUCAACGAGCUCAACUGUCGUCGGCUAGACAACCACUUCAAUGUCUUCGAAGGCGUUCAUCGAAAUUACCUGUUCAUGGGGAUCAACGUCCUCAUGGUCGGGGGCCAGGUCCUCAUUAUCUUUGUCGGUGGCGCCGCGUUCGGCGUCACUCCCUUGGAUGGUGUGCAGUGGGCGAUCUGCUUUGGGUGCUCUGUGUUCUGCAUUUUUUGGGCGGCGGUCUUAAAGCUAGUUCCAGACAAGUACUGUGCUGUUGUGAUCGAUGCUGUUGGGAAGGUUGGGGGGGGUGUCGCGCGGCUUUGGAGGACGUUGUGGUGUCGUGUUGUUGCGGGGGUAAGAAAGUCGCUGGCUCUGUUCAGGCGGCGUGGCCGUCAGAUUGAUGUUGAAAAUACAUAG